CUGUUUGUUCGUCCAACGGAACUAUUUCGUUCCCCAGCCCCGCUCGGAUUGCUCUGCGAGACUGCGACUGCCGACUUAAACCUACUUUAAACCCUCCUCUUCUUUCCUUGUUUCGGUGAGCAAUAAUGGCCGCGCCUUCUAAGAAAUCUCAGAAGAGAAACUCCACAGACGGUGGUCGUAAGUUCAACAAGUCUUCCAAGAAGGCCUUCAAACCAAGUAAGGAAAGAAACGAUUCCGUUCAAUCUAAGGCGAUGGCAUUGCAGUUUGAAGACGACGUUCCUGACUUUCCUAGAGGCAGGGGCAGUUCCUUGAGCCAACGUGAAUGUGAGGAGAUUCAUGCAGAAGUUGAUGCAGAAUUUGGGGCUGAGUCAAAUAAGUCGAAGAAGAACAAGAGGAUGAAGAUUCAGAAGAAGACUGCAUCUCCAGGAGAUGACCUGGGCUCGCUUUUCGGCAAUGGUAUCACUGGAAAACUACCUAGAUUUGCUAAUAAGAUAACUCUGAAGAAUAUUUCUCCUGGGAUGAAGCUUUGGGGAGUUGUUGCUGAGGUGAAUGAGAAGGACCUUGUAAUUAGUCUUCCAGGAGGCUUGCGUGGAUUAGUUCGUACAACUGAUGCACUUGAUCCUGUCGUAGAUGAUGAAAUUGAGGAGAGUGAAGGUAGUGUAUUUCCAGACAUAUUCCAUGUUGGGCAGCUUGUUUCUUGCACUGUGCUGCAAGUGGAUGAUGACAAGAAAGAAAAUGGGAAACGGAAGAUCUGGCUUUCUUUGCGUCUCUCUUUGUUGCACAAAGGCUUCACCUUGGAUGCAAUUCAAGAAGGAAUGGUCCUUACAGCAUAUGUUAGAAGUGUUGAAGAUCAUGGUUACAUACUUCACUUUGGACCACCUUCUUUUAUGGGGUUUCUUCCGAAGAACAGCCAAGCUGAUAGCAAGGGGGUUGAAGUGAAGACUGGGAAACUUUUGCAAGGAGUUGUUAGACAAAUUGAUAAAACUCGGAAAGUUGUUUAUCUGAGUUCUGAUCCAGAAACAGUGUCUAAAUCUGUUACAAAGGAUCUUAAGGGCAUUUCAAUUGAUCUUCUUGUCCCGGGCAUGAUGGUUAAUGCACGCGUACAGUCAACCCUUGAAAAUGGGAUAAUGUUAUCAUUCCUUACUUACUUUACUGGAACUGUUGAUAUGUUUCAUUUACAAAAUACCGUACCUAGCUCAAAUUGGAAGGUUGAUUACAUUAAAAAUAAAAAGGUCAAUGCUCGGAUAUUAUUUGUUGAUCCCUUGACAAGAGCUGUUGCUUUGACCCUGAAUCCACAUCUUGUUCAUAAUAGGGCUUCUCCUUCACUUGUUAAGAUAGGAGAUAUUUAUGACCAUUCAAAAGUUGUCAGGGUAGAUAGAGGAUCAGGUCUUCUGCUUGAGAUUCCUUCUACACCAGUGUCAACUCCGGCUUAUGUUAGCAUAUCUGAUGUGGCUGAAGAGGAAGUCAAGAAGCUUGAGAAAAAGUUUAAGGAAGGGAGUAAUGUUCGUGUUCGAAUUCUUGGGUUUAGGCACUUGGAAGGGCUUGCUACAGGGGUUUUGAAGGCCAGUGCUUUUGAAGGACCAGUGUUCACCCACUCUGAUGUGAAGCCUGGGAUGUUGGUUAGGGCUAAAAUCACAGCUGUUGACAGCUUUGGAGCUAUUGUGCAAUUUCCUGGUGGUGUAAAGGCACUUUGUCCGCUCCGACAUAUGUCUGAAUUUGAAAUUGCAAAGCCUGGAAAAAAAUUUAAGAUUGGAGCUGAACUCAUGUUCCGCGUGCUGGGAUGCAAGUCCAAGAGAAUAACUGUAACACAUAAGAAAACACUUGUAAAAUCAAAACUUGGGAUCUUGGGUUCAUAUACUGAUGCAACUGAAGCACUGAGAACGCAUGGUUGGAUUACAAAGAUUGAAAAGCAUGGCUGUUUUGUCCACUUCUACAAUGGAGUCCAAGGAUUUGCUCCCAGAUCUGAACUCGGAUUAGACCCAGGGUCAGAGCCGAGUUCAAUGUAUCAUGUUGGACAAGUCGUCAAAUGCAGAAUACUGAGUUCCAUUCCUGCUUCGAGGCGGAUCACCCUCAGUUUCUUAAUGAAGCCUACAAGGGUUUCCGAAGAUGAUGCGGUCAAGUUGGGUAGUCUUGUUUCAGGUGUUGUUGACAAGGUGACCCCUUCUGCAGUAAUUGUAUGUGUUAGUUCAGAGGGUCGGUUGAAGGGUUCAAUCUCAACUGAACAUCUGUCAGAUCAUCUUGAACUUGCUACUUCUAUAAAGUCAGUUUUGAAACCUGGAUAUGAGUUCGAUCAGCUGUUGGUAUUAGAUAUUGAGAGCAACAAUUUGAUACUCUCUGCAAAAUAUUCUUUGGUCAACUCGGCUCAAGAUAUUCCUUCGGAUCCCAGUCAGAUUCGUCCUCAGUCAGUGAUCCAUGGUUAUAUCUGUAACAUAAUUGAAACUGGCUGCUUCGUCCGCUUCCUUGGGCGUUUAACCGGAUUCUCCCCUAAAAGCAAGGCUAUGAAUGACCAACGAUCUUCUCUUUUCGAGGCCUUUCACAUCGGACAAUCUGUUCGAGCUAAUAUUCUUGAUGUUAAUAAUGAAACAGGUAGAAUAACACUUUCUUUAAAGCAGUCAUGUUGCUCAUCAGCAGAUGCAUCCUUCCUUCAAGAAUUCUUUCUGUUGGAGGAGAAGAUUGCUAGGCUGCAGUCUUCUGACUCCAAAAGAUCUGAAUUGAAGUGGGUCAGAGGAUUUGAUGUUGGUAGUGUCAUUGAGGGCAAAAUUCAGGAGGCAAAGGAAUUUGGAGUUGUCGUCAGCUUUGAAAAGUACAAUGAUGUUUUUGGUUUUAUUACACAUUAUCAAUUAGGUGGAACUGCUGUGGAAAAAGGCUCUCUUGUUCGAGCUGUGGUUCUUGAUAUUGCCAAGGCAGAAUUUCUGGUUGAUUUAUCUCUGAAGCCAGAGUUUUUUGAUAAAUCCGGAGGAGGAAUGUCUGACAGCCGGUCUGAGAAGAAGAAACGUAAGAGAGAGGCAUCCAAGGAAUUGGAGGUGCAUCAGACUGUAAAUGCAAUUGUAGAGAUUGUGAAAGAGAAAUACUUGGUUCUUUCAAUACCUGAGUAUGACUAUGCGAUUGGUUAUGCCUCCGUAUUCGACUUCAACAUUCAAACAUUUCCUCAUAAACAGUUUCAAAAUGGACAGAGUGUAACUGCAACUGUUAUGGCCCUGCCAAACCCUUCAAGUUCAGGGAGGUUGCUUUUACUCCUUAAUUCCAUUAGUGAAGCGACCGAGACAUCCAGUUUGAAGAAGGCCAAAAAGAAGUCUAGCUAUUGUGUGGGAUCGUUGGUUCAGGCAGAGAUAACUGAAAUUAAGCCUCUUGAACUGAGAUUGAAAUUUGGAAUUGGUUUCCAUGGGAGGAUUCAUAUAACAGAGGUAAAUGAUGGUAAUGCAUUGGAAGAUCCAUUUAGUAACUUCCGGGUUGGGCAAACAGUGACUGCAAGAAUUCUUGCAAAGGCUAAUCAGUCGGAUAAUAAGAGGAGUUACCUAUGGGAGUUAUCCGUCAGACCAAAAAUGCUUACAGGAUCCUAUGAUCUGGAGGACGAGCUUAUGGAUGAGAAGUUGAAGUUUUUGGCUGGAGAAUGUGUCAGUGGUUAUGUAUAUAAAGUGGACAAUGAAUGGGCCUGGUUAACGGUAUCUCGACAUGUUAAGGGACAGUUGAAUAUUCUUGACAGUUCAUUUGAACCUACUGAACUUCAAGAAUUCCAGAAGCGCUUUUAUGUUGGAAAGGCUGUUUCUGGCCAUGUUCUAAAUUUCAACAUAGAGAAGAAGCUACUCCGGUUGGUUCUUCGUCCUGUAUGUGGUGUCUCUGGUGGACCUUUAGGUGGUGAAGAUUCUAAGGUGGAUGUUCCAAACAAUAAUGUUUUCAAUGAGCAGAAUACUUCUCAUAUUCAUGAAGGAGAUAUCGUGGGUGGCAGAAUUUUGAAAAUACUUCCUGGUGUUGGAGGAUUGAUUGUCCAAAUUGGUCCUCAUUUGCAUGGUAGGAUCCACUUCACUGAACUUAAAGACUCAUGGGUGUCAGACCCAUUAUCUGGAUAUCAUGAGGGACAAUUUGUAAAGUGCAAGGUUCUGGAAAUAAGUCGAACAGUCAAGAGCACUGUUCACAUUGACCUGUCAUUACGUUUAUCUCUAGAUGGCAUGCUCAGUCAGAACAAGAAUGACUUGCCCGACCACGUAGAUACUCCCUUCAAACAUUUGGAAAAGAUAGAUGAUCUUCAUCCCAAUACAAUAAUACAGGGUUAUGUUAAGAGUAUUACCUCAAAAGGAUGCUUCAUUUUACUUUCACGGAAGCUUGAUGCCAAAAUUCUCCUCUCGAAUUUAUCAGACGGAUAUAUUGAGGAUCUUGAAAAAGAAUUUCCUGUUGGGAAACUUGUUACUGGCAGGGUAAUUUCCGUAGAACCGUUGUCAAAUCGUGUUGAAGUUACAUUGAAGACAUUGAAUGGUAGCAGUGCAUCGAAAUCUGAAAUUAAUGAUUUAAGUUGCGUACAUGUGGGGGACAUCAUUUCUGGCAGGAUUAGGCGGGUGGAGUCAUAUGGAUUGUUUAUAACAAUUGACAAUACAAGCAUGGUUGGGUUAUGCCAUGUGUCUGAAAUUUCAGAUGAACACAUCGACAAUCUGGAAGCAAAAUAUAGAUCAGGGGAGAAAGUUACGGCCAAGAUUUUGAAGGUGGAUGAGGAAAGACGUCGGAUCUCUCUUGGAAUAAAAAGUUCAUAUUUGAGGGACAGUAGUGAAAUCCAUUCAUCUGAACAAGAAUUUGACAAAGGCAAUGGCUCUGUUGAAGACGGAGAUGUUGAGUCUUUAAUGCAUACCCGCAGCAGCUCACCUGAGAUUCAGAUUAUGGGUAUAGAUGGAAAUGAAGAAUGCACAGUUCUUGCACAAGCAGAAUCAAGGUCUUUCAUUCGUCCACUUGAGGUCAUACUUGAUGACAUUGAAGACUCAGAUGUGCAUAUUGUAGCUAGUCAAAACCAAGGGCAUAUUGAUACAGUAGAUGGGAAGGAGAGAAGACAAGCAAAGAAAAAAGCGAAGGAAGAGAGGGAGCAAGAAAUCAGAGCUGCUGAAGAAAGACUGUUGGAAAAAAAUGUCCCGACAACUGCUGAUGAUCAUGAGAAACUGGUUAGAAGCUCUCCUAAUAGCAGUUUGGUUUGGAUGAAGUACAUGGCCUUUGUACUCUCUUUGGCUGAUGUUGAGAAAGCUCGUUCUAUUGCUGAAAGGGCCCUGAGGACGAUAAACGUUCGAGAAGAGAAUGAGAAGCUUAACAUUUGGGUGGCUUAUUUCAAUUUGGAAAAUGAAUUUGGAAAUCCUCCAGAGGAAGCUAUUAUGAAAGUGUUCAAUAGAGCAUUGCAGUGCUGUGAUCCUAAAAAGAUCCAUCUGGCACUCUUGGGAAUGUAUGAAAGAACUGGCCAAAACAAGUUUGCUGAUGAGCUUCUUGACAAAAUGAUCAAGAAAUUCAAACAUUCAUGCAAGGUUUGGUUAAGGCGGGUGCGGAGUCUUCUGACACAACAGCAAGAUAGAGUUCAAUCUGUUGUACAACGUGCUUUAUUGAGUCUUCCCCGUCAUAAGCAUAUUAAGUUCAUCUCACAGACAGCUAUUUUGGAGUUCAAAUGUGGAGUUCCAGAAAGAGGACGAUCCUUGCUUGAAGGAAUAUUGCGGGAGUACCCAAAGAGAACGGACUUGUGGAGCAUUUAUCUUGAUCAAGAGAUCCGACUUGGAGAUGUGGAUGUAAUUCGUGCACUGUUUGAGAGGGCGAUUAGCCUGAGCCUUCCUCCUAAAAAGAUGAAAUUCUUGUUCAAGAAGUAUCUCGAGUUUGAGAAGUCUAGCGGUGAUGAAAAACAGGUUGAAUAUGUGAAACAGAAAGCGAUGGACUACGUUCAGAGCACACUAACUUGAUGGUAAAUUCGAUUAAUAGGAAUAGAUAGUGUUGUUUUUGUUAUAAAUGAAGAAUGAGAAGGAAAAAAAAUUGCGGAUUAAGCUUAUAAACUAAUUCAAGGGAUGAGGCGUAGUCAGAGGAUAAAUAAUGUUUUUGGAGCAGCCAACUAGUCUUAAGAUGUAUAUGGCCACUUAAAUCAGAUAAUUUAACUCUUAGUGUUGUGUUUUUUUUUCUUUAAAUUAUUUGGAAACAAAAUUUAUUGGCUUGAUAA